AUGAUAUUCAACAGUGCAAGGCCUAUUAAACACCACGAAAAUACAGGUGUGUUGCACAGCACGGCAGCUGCGGCGGUAAUCUGUGAUACCGUGUGGGCCAUGCCUCACCACGACGGCCCCGACGCUGGCGACAAAAGCGAACACAUUACAUAUCUACCAUUUAUUAGAGGCCAAAUCAUGCGAAUAUUUACUACGCAGUACACCUCAUAG